AUGACAGUAAAUUAUAGGAAAAGGGGGAAGAAGCCUUACCCGGGUGAAGGUGGCCAAACGGGGGCGAUGCGGGGAUUAUGCGUCUUGUCAAUUUGUGUUAUUAUUUAUUAUUAUUAUUAUUUUCUGUCGCGACGGUGUCAUUUCGUGGCUAACUUCCAAGUCAUGCAAACAUUCCAGUGUAAAAUCCGUCUACUGUAUUCAUUGAGUUGUUGGAACCGAUGGUCUGUUAUUGGUUUGUGCGAGUUUCGGUUGUGUUAUGCAACCUUAGAGAACGCGCACGACAUUUCAAAAAAAAAAGAUGGGGGAUAUUUGUGCCAUACAUUGUCCUUUGUGAAGGGUUACCGUCUUGGUUUUCUUUUUUUUCUUUUUUUGUCUGUCUCGAUUAACUUAUCGUUUAUUAACUACAGCUGUCUUGGAUGCCUCUUGUGCAUUCUAUCGAGAGGGAAGGGGAGGGUUUCCGUUAAACGGGUGGUAAGUUUUGGUCUAUGUAGGUGUCGGGUUGUCAAUCUGUAA